ACGAAUUCCUCGCUUCCCAUCUCUCAUAGUGAUUGCAUGACACAUUCCCCUCCCCCAUCCCUUUUCAUGGAAUCAAUACAGCAUUUAUUCAAAACCAUUAACUCAGAAUCAAUUUCAUAUAUUUAUCAUCGCCCCACCUCCUUCCACCGCCGGCGCUUUCUGUUCUCUAUGGGAACCUUCAACUCCGGUGCCUGCAACUACAAAGCGAGAACGUUACUACACAACCAGACGCAAUGUUCGCAGACCCACUGGAUCGGCGCCCUGAUCCUCGUCUUCGCCACCCAUUUGUUUACUAGAGUAUUAGACUAUGUUCCAGCUCCGGUGAAUACAAUAGGGUUCAAUCAACUGGGCGGGUCUUCAGAAGGGGGCUUGCAAUUCGAAAGUGGAUUUCCGGCGUGGCCCCAGAGAGGGUAUGGGUCUCACAUAGACAUCAAGAUUUACGUUUACGACGAGAAUGAGAUUGAGGGGUUGAAGCCGUUGAUGUACGGGAAAGAAGGUGUGAUCGACGUCGGUAUUUGCUAUCAAGGCCAGUGGGGCGCUCAGGUUAAAAUACAUAGAUUAUUCCUAAGCUCAAGAUUUCGGACAAGAAAGAAAGAGGAAGCAGAUUUCUUCUUUGUGCCUACAUAUGUUAAAUGUGUUCAUAUGUUGGAAGGCCUUACUGAAGAAGAGAUUAAUCAGACCUUUGUUGAGGUCUUAAGUCAAAUGCCAUAUUUUAGAAGAUCCGGAGGCCGUGACCACAUUUUCGUAUUCCCAAGUGGUAAUGGAGCUCACUUCUUCACCUCCUGGGCAAUAUUCUUGAACCGUUCAAUAUUUCUCACUCCAGAGGGGGAUCGUACUGAUAAUAAGAACUCUAGUGCCUUCAAUACAUGGAAAGACAUCAUCAUUCCUGGCAAUGUUGAUGAUGAGAUGACAAAUCUUGGCUCUCCCCUAGUUGAGCCUCUGCCUUUAUCUAAGAGGAAGUACUUGGCAAAUUACUUGGGUCGAGCGCAAAGACUGGCUGGUCGUCUUCAGUUAAUAGAGCUUGCAAAGCAAUAUCCAGAAAAGUUGGAAGCCCCAGAUUUGAAGCUUGAUCCUCCUCAUAAACUUGAUAAGAUGGAGUAUUUUCAGCACCUGCGCAAUGCCAAAUUCUGCCUUGUUCCUCGCGGAUUGUCUUCCUGGACUCUUCGAUUCUAUGAAUCUUUCUUUGUGGAGUGUGUCCCUGUAAUCAUAUCAGAUCAAAUAGAAUUACCAUUUCAGAAUGUGAUUGAUUACACCCAGAUGACAAUCAAAUGGCCUGCAACUCAGAUAGGUCCCAAACUUCUGGAGUUCCUUGAAUCCUUACCAGAUGAGGUGAUAGAAGAGAUGAUAGCCCGUGGUAGACGAGUGAAGUGUUUGUGGGUGUAUGCUCCAGAGUCAUGGCCAUGUUCGGCGAUGCAUGGAAUCUUGUGGGAACUGCAGAGGAAGGUCAGACGAUUCCACCAGUCAUCGGAGACAUUCUGGCUGCAAAAUGGAAGCAUUGUGAACCGGAAUUUGGAAGAAUUUCGUAACUGGAGACCCCCCAUGCCUCUGCCUUAGAUGACACUAUUGGUGCUCUUGUAUCAUUCCUACUUGGCAAAUUAUCCAUACCAUUCGAACAUUGCCAAUACCCAUUCUAAUUAGUUUUGUUACAAUUACAAACCUCUUCUGUUUAUUCUUUUUUCCUUCUUUUUGUCACGAUUGGUUUAAAUAUAAAUAAAUUCUUGUA